UCGGACUCAAUGACGAUUCGAGGAGAAGUAACGGACCAGAAAGAGAAAAACGAAGACGCAGGAUACGAAGGAAAGGCCGAAAAAGAACUCACAAAAGCUAUCAUCUCGAGGCUACGAGAAAGACAGGGACCGACUGCGCUCAAAUGGGUAAAGGGCCAUCAAGGCCACGCACUGAACGAAGGCGCGGACAAACUCGCCGGCGAAGGAGCAAGGAAACAAGUGGCUGACGAAAUCGACCUGAAACAAGCAAGAAUUUUCGAACUAUCAGGAGCCCGGCUCGAUAAGAUGACACAAAAAAGGGCGUACCGGGCGAUAAGGGAACGAAAAGAGAAAGAGUACGAGCAAAGACCAUCGACGAGAAAGCAGAUCCAAAAAAUCCAGGAAACAGCGAAGACAGCCUUUGGAAGAGAGCUGACGGAGGCAGCUAUAUGGAAAGGCAUCAGAAAACGUGACAGGAUCACGAGAGAGGCAGCACAAUGGAUGUGGAUGGCCACCCACGAUGCGUACAUGAUCGGGGAAAAAUGGCUCAGACCAAAUAUGUCACCCGAACAAAGAGAACGAGCGACAUGCAAAACAUGCGGAACAACGGAAACAAUGGACCACAUACUCUUCGAGUGCAAAGCAAAAGGAAGAAGAGAGAUAUGGAAGCUCCUCGACAAAACAUGGAAG